AUGUAUAUGUUACUGCCUUUAUUUCUAGUGGUGGUUAGCACACAGCGAAGUCCCUCGCAGGAAACCGACUUAAGCGAUCCCUACAGAUGUCAACGGGUAUGUACUCCUGAAAAAUGUCGAUGUAUUGGAAGAAAAGGAGUAGAGGGACCGGCUGGACCUACUGGUUUACCUGGUGAAAAUGGUUUCUUCGGUGAACGUGGCCCACCAGGUAAUCCUGGUACGAAAGGUGAGAAGGGCAAUGCUGGUCAACUUGGAAGACAGGGAUUCAAAGGUGAACGUGGACCGCAAGGACCUCCUGGAUAUCCUGGUCAACAUGGAUUCGAUGGUUAUCCAGGUUUUAUGGGCCCAAAAGGAGAUAAAGGUGAUGCCGGUUGUUUUGGAGAUCCCGGAGAAAAUGGAUUACCAGGAGAUUCUGGAAGACCAGGGAUAAAAGGCAUGCCUGGAUUUCCUGGCUCUAAAGGUCUAAAAGGAACUUCAGGAUGGGGUGAAAGAGGUUUACGUGGACUUCCCGGAGAACGAGGAAAUAUAGGCCCGAUGGGAGAUUAUGGUAUACCUGGUCGACCUGGUCCAAUGGGUGAUGCAGGAAAUCGUGGCAUAAUGGGUCCAAAAGGAUUUAAGGGUGUACGUGGUAUGCCAGGCAUUAAAGGGCGUCCAGCGGCACCUAUUACAAUUGAAGGUCAGAAAGGCGAUAAAGGUCAACGCGGUCCACGUGGUCCCGAUGGUUAUCCAUGCGCUUUGGAUAUACAUGCACAAAUUGGACCACAAGGUCCUCCAGGCCCAACAGGUUUCAAGGGAGACAAAGGAGAUCGUGGACUGAUUGGAGAAUUCGGUGAAGCGGGUUUUGAUGGCCCUCCGGGAAUGCCUGGUGAAAAAGGACUUCCAGGACGUCAUGGUGACAGGGGUCGACCAGGAGAUACAGGCUAUCCAGGAUCACAAGGAGAACCGGGUAAACGGGGUCUGGAUGGAGAACCUGGUCGAAUAGGCGAGAUUGGUCCAAAAGGUGAUACGGGACCUCCUGGAAUUGAUGGUGAACGUGGUCUUAGAGGUCCGAAAGGCAAACCUGGGGGUUAUGUACAUUGUGCGGGACCAAAAGGAAUUAAAGGUUUGCGAGGAUUUCCUGGAAUCAAGGGGUAUCCUGGUGAACCUGGUAGAGAAGGACCAACUGGUCCAGAUGGCGAAAAAGGAAAUUCUGGAGUUAAAGGAGAACAAGGUCGUGCAGGUCGUGGAUGUGUUGAUGGCCAGCCGGGUCUACCGGGACCAAAGGGAAAUAUGGGGAGCCCCGGUAUUCGUGGUCCAACAGGAAGUCCAGGUUUACCUGGAAGCAUCGGGGUACGUGGUCUACCUGGCACAACAAUUGAUAGUGCUCCACCAGGAUCAAGCGGAUCACCUGGACCUCCGGGUUCAUUUGGUAUGAAAGGUCUGCCGGGAGAUGUUGGAGACCCUGGGGAAAAAGGCUUUCCUGGAACAGGAGAACGAGGGCCUGAAGGACCUCGUGGUCCGCCUGGAGAUCCUGGUUUGGUUGGUAGACCCGGGAGACCUGGUCGUCCCGGCUUUAGAGGACCAAAAGGUAUCAGUGCGGCAGUUUGUCCAUUCUGUGAAGAUGGUCAAAUGGGGCGACCAGGGGACCCAGGUGAAAUGGGUGAAAGUGGUCUACCUGGUCGACCGGGUGCAGAUGGUCCAGACGGAGAUCUUGGAGAUACUGGGGAUCCAGGACGUCCAGGUCUACCUGGUCCCGUUGGCAGAAAGGGUUUGCGAGGAUUCCCGGGUUUAACAGGUUCCAAAGGAGAUCAAGGCGAACGUGGACUCUUAAGAAUUACAAAUGAACAGGUAUUACCAGGUGAUCCAGGUAAUAGUGGCUUUCCAGGAGCAAAAGGCGAACCAGGCGACCUUGGUGAUCCUGGUUCAUUUGGUGGUCGUGGAGAGUUUGGACCGAAAGGCCGCCCGGGUCUUCAAGGCAUGCCAGGAAUACCAGGUCCUGAAGGUGAUCCUGGUGACAUAGGACCACCAGGUGACCCUGGAAUGGAUGGCAGAUCAUUUGCUGGUGAAAAAGGCGAUCCUGGAGAACCUGGAUAUCCUGGAAUUCGUGGCUCAAAAGGUGUACAAGGAGCUAAAGGUUAUUGUGAUGUAAUUCGUCCUCAGCUAACCAAAGGUGCUGUUGGUGAUCGUGGAUUCCGAGGAGAUCCUGGCCCACCUGGUGAACAAGGUUUCCAAGGAAGAAUGGGGUUGAAAGGUUCAACUGGUCUACCUGGAGCUCGAGGUAUUACUGGUGAAGAUGGUUAUCCGGGUGUGUUUGGUGCUAAAGGUGAUCGAGGAUAUCCUGGACCACCUGGCAGACCUGGUCUUCCCGGUUCAGUCGGAUUUCCUGGAGGUGGUGGUCCUAUUGGUGAACGUGGAAAUCAAGGCCCUUCAGGUCCUAAAGGUUUCAAAGGUGUAACUGGUGAACAAGGUGAUUUUGGCAGAACAUCAUAUGUGACCAAAGGUGAAAAAGGUACACCAGGUAUUCCUGGUUCUAUUGGUUUACCUGGAGAUCCUGGAUAUCCAGGAAUGAAAGGUUUUCCUGGUCGACCAGGUUUCAGAGGUGCUGAUGGAUCAUACGGUCCAAAAGGUUAUCCUGGUCCAAAAGGUUUCAGAGGUCCUAAAGGUUUACCUAGUGUUAGUGCAGAAGUUGGCAGAAUGGGUGUUAAAGGACAACCGGGUAUACCAGGUUCUUUUGGUCCGAAAGGAACACGUGGAGCACCUGGCGUUUGUGAAAUCAAGGGCUUAUUUGGCGACCCUGGUCCCAUGGGCCGUCCUGGUCGUCGUGGUGUCCCAGGAAUUUCAGGCAUUCCUGGUGAACCUGGAGAAAUGGGAUUUGAAGGACCAGUUGGAAGACCUGGAUUGAAAGGUGAUCGAGGUCUUGGCGGAUUGCCUGGGAGAAUUGGCAUUCGUGGGCCGAAAGGGAAAGGAGGAUGGGCAGGACCAGUUGGACCUAAAGGGAAUGCUGGUAGAAUUGGUCAGCCUGGUAAUCCUGGUUUACGAGGAAGACCAGGUGCUGUCGGCAGGGCAGGACCAAGAGGUUCACCUGGAGUAUCAGCUAGAGUGGUACCCGGACCUAUGGGUGAGCCAGGACCAAUGGGGGUGCAAGGUAUUCGAGGAGAAAAGGGUAUUCGAGGAAUUGAUGGCAAGCAUGGCAAACCAGGUAUUCCUGGAAUACAGAUCAAAGGACUCCCAGGAAGAAGAGGUUUACCUGGACCAUUUGGUCAGCCAGGUGAUUUAGGCAGGCCAGGAUUUCCUGGUCCAGCGGGAGCAAAGGGCGACCGUGGUAUCCCUGGAAGAAUAGGAAUUAAGGGUGAAAUGGGUCCUUCUGGAUUUCCAGGGAUUGAUGGACUUCCUGGUAGUCCUGGAGUCAAAGGAAGAAGUGGAUUUCCAGGCGAAAGAGGUGAUGGAGGAGCAAAAGGUGAACAAGGUUUGUCUGGUGAUCCUGGUCCAGCUUCUCCUGUGAUGGAUGGUAGACAAGGAAAAAGAGGUCGCAUUGGAGUCCCUGGGUCAUUUGGAUUACCUGGUCCUACAGGUGAUAAAGGAUUUUCAGGCGCACCAGGCCAACCUGGAGAUGAUGGACUCCCAGGACCAUGGGGUGCUCCCGGAAGUCCAGGUAUUAAAGGAUUACCUGGAGACCCUGGCCCACCAAGUCGCUUUGGCAGACCAGGUGAACCAGGAGACCGUGGUGAUCUCGGUCGUCCUGGUCCCCAAGGUCCAGGUGGCAUGAAAGGAUUUCUUGGAGAAAAGGGAGAUAGAGGUUCAACACCGUUUUGUCCUGCUGGACAGCCUGGAAGAAUGGGAAGGCCAGGUGAAGUUGGUUUUCCAGGACCAGAUGGAGAAAAAGGAAAUCAGGGUCUACCUGGACAGCAAGGACCGAAAGGUCAGCGUGGUUUUACGCCACAACCUCUUCCUGGUCCUAAAGGAGAUAUGGGACCAGCAGGUCUUGAUGGAACUCCAGGUGCCAUCGGAGAGCCUGGUUUACCUGGACCAAUGAGUAUGAAAGGACAACGAGGCUUUCCUGGAGAUCCCGGUUUCCGCGGUCAACAAGGCGAUCCGGGUGAUAGAGGUUUCCCUGGAGCAUCUGGUGAGGAGGGAGCAGCUGGAAGGCCUGGUUUUCGAGGAACUCCUGGACGUCCAGGCAAAGAUGGUCUUCCUGGUUUAGAUGGACUUCGUGGUCUACCUGGUAGUCCUGGUUAUCCGGGAAUAAAAGGUUCUCAAGGAUUUCAGGGUCUUCCCGGUUCUCCUGGUCGAACCGGUCCUAAAGGUUAUCCAGGCCGGUCAAAUGAUGCACAGAAAGGUGUACGUGGUGAUCCAGGUUCACCUGGAAAGAUGGGAGAGCCAGGUCUCCCUGGAUUAUCAGGACAGCGUGGAAAGCCAGGUGACCCAGGCGAAAAAGGUGUGAAAGGGCUUCCGAAUCCAAUUCCUGGUCCAAGGGGUCCCGUUGGUGAGAUAGGUCCACGAGGUGAUCCUGGUUAUAGAGGACCGAAAGGUUUUGGAGGUGAAAGAGGUUUUCCUGGUCCUCCAGGAAGAAAUGGUACCAUUGGGUUGGCUGAUAGUGGUUUUCUUUUCACUGUUCACUCUCAGGAUUCUCAACCACCGAAUUGUCCAAUUUACACAACACCACUUUAUACUGGCUACAGUCUUGUCACACUGCAAGGUGAUGAUGACUCAACAACGAUGGAUUUGGGAACACCUGGUUCUUGUCUUAGAAAAUUCAGUAUUAUGCCAUUCGCAAAUUGUUUUGCAAAAGUCAAUGGAAAUUGUCAAGUCAAUAUGAGAAAUGGACGUUCUUACUGGUUGUCUACACUGGAACAAUAUAUGCUUUCUCCAGCCCGUGUGGAAAACAUUAAACCAUAUAUCUCUAGGUGCGUUGUAUGCCAGUCUAGAACAUGGUUGGUAGCCUUCCAUUCACAACGUGAUGAUGUUGGUCAAAUGUGUCCACCUGGAUGGGAAAAUGCAUGGAAUGGAUUCAGUUUUCCAAUGGCUGUUGGAUCCUCAUCUCACGGUGGUGUACAACCAUUAGAAUCACCUGGUAGCUGUUUACAGCAUUUCCGUGCACUACCCUUUAUCGAAUGUAAUAAUCAUGAUGGAAAUUGUUUCCAUUGGCAAGAUGGUCGAUCCUAUUGGAUGGCCAGUAUACGACAAAAUGAACAAUUUAUAAAGCCGAUUGGUACAACGUAUAAAACAGAAACAGGAAUUCUACAACAUGUUAGUCGUUGUAGUGUAUGUCGACGUGCAAUGGAAUCUUUGCUACGUUAGCGUGAUUGCCGUCAGUGUUCCUUCUAUCUCAGAUUUUAUCUUUGUUUUUAAAUGAUAACUGUGAAUCGCACAUAAUCCUCCCCCCCCUUCAACACCUUACAAAACACACACAUAUAUAUGUACACACAAACAUACAUGCCUACAGACACACACAUACACAAGAUUGUUUAUCUGUUAUUGCAGUAUACCUUUAUAUAUGACGUGUGUGCGUGUGUAUACUACAUUAGCAAUAUUACAUUUCAAAAGAAUAAAAAAAUAGAUCAGAAUGUUAAAAAUGUCUUUUAAAACAAAAUUUAUCGAUUUAAUAUUAUCAAAUUAAAAAUUUUUUUUCUAGUAAUAUAAUUACUACUAAUCACAUUAUUACAACUAUUAUUUAUAAUUAUCAUUACUCUAGACUAUUUUUUUUCAAAGCUGAUUUUAAAAUUUAAAAAAUCGAUAAAUCGAUCUCUAUAUCCAAUUAUCAAUCAAUAUUGAUUAUUCGUAUUCUUAUUAUUGAUGUUAUACAACUUAAAUGUUAUACCUUUUCAGUAAAGUAGGCUUUUAUCUUUUAUUUUGAAUUAAACACUACUACUACUAUUUUGUUGUCUGCUUCUUCUUCACAUUUUUUGGAUGAAUUCUAUGAGAUGAUCUCAAAAAACAAAGCAGAGUGGAUUGAGAUGGGGGGAGGGAAGAAUGUGAGACAGCUUAACUUUUAUUUUUAGCCACUUAGUGAUAAUGCCUAUCAAUUAAUUAUACUUAGCUAUCCUGAUCUGCUUUUUUAUUUUACUGUUUGUUAUUUAACAUAGGUCUAUAUAUAUGAAUACAUGAAUACAGGAAGUUUGAUUUUCAAAAUUUUAUUCAACAAUUUAAAAAAAUUAAUCUUAUUUUCUUCAAAAUAUUGAUCUUUAGGAAUUUUAAAACAAACUUUAAUCAAUUAUCUACAAAUAUAUACACAAGUAUACAUGUAUGAAUACUAUCUGUCUAUCUGUCUAUCUAUCUAUCGAAAUAUACAUAUGAUACUUUCG